CUCAUUCCCCCUCCCCACUUGAUGAUUUCCCUCUCCCCAGCCUGAAUUUGUACUUUUCCUUCACGUUUUCUUACCCUGUAACCAACCCCCCGAGCUGUGUUCAUGUCGUUGUUGUUCUCCUGCAGACGCCGCUCACCACCUCAAAGAUGUUGACCACGGUGUACCGGGCACUCCUCUUCAGCCUUCUCUUGCUCAAGACGUCUGUUUUCGCCCAGAGUGUCGUGCCGUGGAGCAUCCCUGACGGAACGAAGCCCAAUUUCACUGAUGUUUACAACAAUGGCAACAGCAUCACCUGGUCAUGGCAGGCGCUCAAUCACUCAAUGUCCGAUCUAUGGCUGACCAGCUUUGACCCGACACUCUCCUACGCUGUCCGUAUCGCGUCCAACAUCAACAUCACCGAGCCCGGCACCCUACCGUGGACAAUCACGGUCAACGAGACCCUCAUAGAUAUCGACAAUCGCUUUGUGCUGCGAUUCACCCUAACCGGCACUGACAUCUACCCCUUGUACCCGAACCAGUUCCCUAGCCCGGCCUUUAUCAUCCUAAAACGUGGAGCGACCCUUGCUCCCGCGAGCCUGAGUUCGGUAGUUGCGACCGCGACGCAAUUCUCAGAAAGCACAACCGCGACGACGGCGGCUGCUUCGAUCACGAGUUUAAUCGCUCCCGCAUCUUCCGUCCCAUCGGGCUUGACAGAGUCUAGUCCAUCUUCUGACUCGUCGUCUUCAGGGGGGUCAGGACUCAGCACCGGAGCGAAAGUUGGCAUUGGCAUUGGUGUUACGGCAUUGGUGGUUGUCAUACUCGGCCUAUGCUUCGCUGUCUUGAGAUUAUAUCGAAGAGUCAAGGCGACUUCUAAUCGACACUCGCAAGGCAUCAUUCCUGACUAUCCCGAUAAAGAGACGACCACUUCCGGAGCCUCGACCCCCGUUAUCAGAGAAAUCUCAGGCCUGCACGAGGCGACGGGAGACAGGAGACACCCUGCAGAGCUUGGCUCAAAGCGUGAAUCAAAAGUUGUUUUCGAAAUGCCAGGCUAGCUGAAAGUGUCGAACAAAAUCAAAAUGAGCAUCUGUACUUUGUCGCCUAAGUACUGGUAUUAUUAUACGACGAGCUGAAUGCCACGCAUCGCCCCCUUUGUAUUAGGAAAUUCGGACGAGACAUGCCAACGGGUUACUGUCCUUUGCAGGCCUAGAACGCGUCGAAUCUUUUGUUUUUGCAGGCAAGAUGAUGUACAACGUAAUGUCUACGAGCCGAAGAUUUUGGAAGUUCCCUCACCAGGCGCACGAGGCGGAUUCUAUUUGUAUUGAAGAUUUUCUUUGCAGGCGCUGAGCUUCAACUACUUCCUUGGCUUACCCGGUUGACGUUCCGGAUCGAUGCCGACCACUCGAUGGAUCCUCUUCACCAAGAUGCCACUCCUUGCCCCCCCGAAUCCAGAUCGACCAGAACGCCAGCCUCCCGAGUAGUCGGGAGACACCACCCGACCGUCUACCUUGACCUAGCCACCGGUAGCUUCUCUCGGUGUUACGACCGAGAAAGAGAAAAUUUUGUGUCAAAAGUGAAAGGUCUCGUGUGGCUCCCUUUCUCAGACCCCCAGGCAGCUUCGCCGAUUUAGAACCGAAUUUCCCUCCACAAGAUUCCGGAUCAACUUCUUGUCGGCUGCGUCAGGGGCGCUACGUCAACGAGCAGCCAAAUUUGAAGGAUCUGGACAAUACUUUCAAGUACUAUGGAUAUAUUGAUAUGUAUUUGCAGAGAUCAUGGCCGAGGGAUGUUGUUUAUAACUUUGACGAGGCUAAAAAGAGAUGGGACCGAGUAGUACACAUCGAAUAAUUGGUUGCAUACCUAACAUGGUUUUGUCGGAAGGAGCUCCCUCCAGUCAGGUAUAUUACUCUGUAUAAUACCUGCAAAUAAACGUGAUCAUGAGCGAGGAUUACUUUUUUGUUCCCUGUUUUUUCAUCUAGCGCCUUUGCAUAUCCCGUAGCAUGCCUGGACCAUAUGGAAGAUAUAUAUAUACACACACUUUUAGGUAGCUAUACAUUAAAAGCCAU